GGAGGAGGAGGAGGAACCACGUGUGACAGCCGGCCGAGACUGGAGCUGUCCGUCCUUCUGAUGGGAGCUAGUGUUUGUUUUCUCGCUGUGUCUGCAUGCAGCUAUAGCUCUGUACCUGUCUGACCGCCUCUCAGAUCUAACACAGCUCCUGAUUCCUGCAGCGGAUCCCUGUAGUAGAAACACCUGACAACCCCGUUCUGCUGGAGAAUCACAAAUACACACCAUGGUGAGCAAGACGGAUGACAUCCCGGCAUCAGUGCCCAACUGCACGCCUGUGGAUGAUGUCGCAGAGGACGGAGAGACAGCCCUGAAGGAGCCCUGUCCCUGCGGGCACAGUGCAGCUGCGGUCGUAAUGAACGGGAACGCAGGGCACGACCAAGCCGAAGAGGCCGAGUCUAAACAGGACGGCAGCGGCGAUGCUGACCCUAGCGACGACGCCAAUGAACAGGAAGUAAUUGUAAUUCAGGACACUGGCUUCACUGUGAAGAUUCAGGCACCUGGCACUGAGCCCUUCGACCUGCAGGUCUCUCCACAGGAGAUGGUGCAGGAAAUACACCAGGUCCUGAUGGAUCGUGAGGACACCUGCCAUCGCACCUGCUUCUCCCUGCAGCUAGAUGGCAAUGUGCUGGACAACUUUGCAGAGCUAAAGUCCAUCGAGGGCCUUCAAGAGGGGUCCCUACUCAAGGUGGUAGAAGAACCCUAUACAGUUCGCGAGGCUCGCAUUCACGUUCGCCACAUCAGAGACCUGUUGAAGAGUUUGGAUCCCUCUGAUUCCUACAAUGGAGUGGACUGCAACUCUUUGUCUUUCCUCAGUGUCUUCACAGAUGGAGAUCUGGGAGAUAGUGGCAAACGCAAAAAGAAAGGUAGUGAACUUGAGCAGAUCGACUGCACUCCUCCCGAACACAUUCUGCCUGGCAGCAAAGACCGUCCCCUUGUACCUCUCCAGCCACAGAACAAAGACUGGAAGCCACUGCAGUGCCUGAAGGUCCUCACAAUGAGUGGUUGGAACCCUCCACCUGGCAACAGAAAGAUGCACGGAGACCUUAUGUACUUGUUCAUUGUGACUGUAGAAGAGAGGCACGUCAGCAUCACUGCCUCCACCCGCGGAUUCUACCUCAACCAGUCUACCACCUACACUUUCAACCCUAAGCCUGCCAACCCCAGUUUCCUGAGCCACUCUCUGGUAGAACUACUGAGCCAGAUCAGCCCGGCCUUUAAGAAGAACUUCACUGCCCUGCAAAAGAAGAGAGUACAAAGACAUCCAUUCGAAAGAAUAGCCACACCAUUCCAGGUGUACAGCUGGACUGCUCCACAGAUUGAUCAUGCCAUGGACUGUGUGAGGGCAGAGGAUGCCUAUACCUCCCGUUUGGGUUAUGAGGAACACAUUCCUGGCCAGACCAGAGACUGGAACGAGGAGCUGCAGACUACUAGAGAACUCGCUCGCAAGAACCUUCCUGAGCGAUUGCUGAGGGAGCGAGCCAUUUUCAAGGUUCAUAGUGAUUUUGCUGCAGCUGCCACACGUGGAGCCAUGGCUGUGAUCGACGGCAAUGUCAUGGCCAUUAACCCUGGAGAGGAGACCCGCAUGCAGAUGUUCAUCUGGAACAACAUCUUCUUCAGCUUGGGCUUUGACGUAAGGGAUCAUUACAAAGAGCUUGGCGGAGAUGCUGCGGCUCAUGCUGCUCCCACCAAUGACCUUAACGGUGUGAGGGCGUAUGGGGCUGUGGACGUUGAAGGUCUCUACACACUGGGCACUGUGGUGGUGGAUUACAGGGGCUACCGUGUAACUGCCCAGUCCAUCAUCCCUGGAAUCCUGGAACGUGAGCAGGAGCAGAGCGUCAUCUAUGGAUCCAUCGACUUCGGGAAGACUGUGAUGUCCCACCCAAAAUACCUGGAGCUGCUGGAGAAGACCAGUCGGCCUCUGAAGGUACAGCGUCACGCUGUCCUGAAUGAGAAGGACUCUGCUGUAGAGCUCUGCUCAUCUGUGGAGUGUAAGGGCAUCAUCGGCAACGACGGCCGCCACUACAUCCUGGAUCUUCUCCGCACUUUCCCUCCUGACCUCAACUUCCUGCCUGUGGAAGGGGAGGAGCUAAGCCCUGAGAGCCAGAAGCAGGGAUUCCCUCGACAGCACCGCCACCGCCUGGCUUGCCUGCGCCAGGAGCUCAUCGAAGCCUUUGUAGAGCAUAGGUAUCUCCUUUUCAUGAAGAUGGCAGCACUCCAGCUAAUGCAGCAAAAAGCCAACAAAGAAAGUAAGACUGCAGCCUUGCCUGAGAGCAUCACUGCUGAGACUGUGUCUGAUAGCAAGCCAGCAGCGGCUCCAGAGGCCUCUGAAGCUGCAGCCCCAGCCUUUGACUCGCCGACCUCCUCAGAAUCUACGCUGACGCCUGAGGACACAGCGGACUCUGCUUCAGAGACCUCAGCUACAGAAAACUCCGCAGCUCCCACAGCAACCACCAACGGUACACACGAACUCACACUUCCAGAGAGCCAGAACGGAGGCUGUGACAGUCCUCUGGAGGGUAAGGAGGCUGAUGAAACUAUACCAGGACUAGCUCAGGCUAAAGAGCUGGCUGAGUCUUUAGCCACAGACGAUGGAUCCGGUAUUGACCCCAAAAGUCGAGAAGUUGUCCUCAAUGCCUGCAAAGCCGUGGGCUCAAUCAGCAACACUUCCUUUGACAUUCGCUUCAACCCAGAUAUCUUCUCCCCAGGUGUGCGUUUCCCAGAAGACAGUGCAGAGGACAUCCAGAAGCAGAAGCAGCUUCUGAAAGAUGCUGCAGCCUUCCUGGUUUCCUGUCAAAUUCCCUCCUUGAUAAAGGACUGUUUAGAUCACACUGCCCUACCAAUGGAUGGAGCCACAAUGACUGAGGCCCUCCAUCAGCGAGGCAUCAAUGUGCGCUACCUUGGCAAUGUGCUGGAGUUUGUGGACAAGAUGCCAGCCAAACCACAGCUGGAGCAUGUCUAUAGAAUUGGAAUCACUGAGCUGAUCACCAGAUGUACAAAGCAUAUUUUUAAGACCUACCUCCAGGGUGUGGAGCUCUCAGCCCUGUCUGCUGCUGUAAGCCACUUCCUGAACUGUUUCCUGAGCUCGUUCCCCGAUGCGGUGGCCCACCUGCCUGCAGAUGAACUGGUAUCGCGCAAGAAGAACAAGAAAAGGCGGAAUAGAGUGCCGGGGGGAGGAGAUAACACGGCCUGGGCAAGCCUGACCCCCAGUGAGCUGUGGAAAAACAUUGCUUCUGAGGCCCUCAGUUACUAUCACUUCACUCUACAAUGUGAGAGUGUGGACCAGGCAGUGGAGAAAUACGGCCUGCAGAAAAUCACCCUCCUGAGGGAAAUCUCGGUCAAAGCUGGCAUCCAGAUCCUGAUAAAAGAAUACAACUUCGAUAGCCGCCACAAGCCCGCCUUCACUGAGGAAGACAUCCUGAACAUCUUCCCAGUUGUAAAGCAUGUCAACCCCAAAGCCUCUGAUGCCUUCCACUUCUUCCAGAGCGGGCAGGCUAAGGUCCAGCAAGGUUUCCUUAAAGAAGGCUGUGAACUCAUUAACGAAGCCUUGAACCUCUUUAACAACGUGUAUGGAGCCAUGCACGUGGAGAUCUGUGCCUGUCUGCGCCUGCUGGCCCGUCUCAACUACAUCAUUGGAGACCAUCCUGAGGCCCUCAGUAACCAACAGAAGGCUGUUCUGAUGAGUGAGAGAGUGCUGGGUAUAGAACAUCCCAACACUAUUCAAGAAUAUAUGCACUUGGCGCUGUACUGCUUUGCCAACGGCCAGCUGUCCACUGCCCUGAAACUGCUAUACCGUGCCCGCUAUCUCAUGCUAAUGGUGUGUGGGGAGGACCAUCCUGAGAUGGCUCUACUAGAUAGCAAUAUUGGUCUGGUGCUACAUGGAGUGAUGGAGUAUGAUCUGUCUCUACGCUUCCUUGAAAAUGCCUUGUCCAUUAACUCCAAAUACCAUGGUCCCCGAUCCCUCAAAGUUGCACUCAGUCAUCACCUGGUGGCCCGAGUGUAUGAAAGCAAGGCUGAGUUCCGCUCCGCCCUACAGCAUGAGAAGGAGGGCUACACCAUCUACAAGAACCAGGUUGGUGAAGCCCAUGAGAAGACAAAGGAGAGUUCUGACUACCUGAAGUACCUCACUCAGCAGGCUGUGGCAUUACAAAGAACCAUGAAUGAGAUCUACAAGAAUGGUUCCAACGCUAGCAUCAUGCCUCUCAAAUUUACAGCUCCAAGCAUGGCCAGUGUUCUGGAGCAGCUCAAUAUCAUCAACGGCAUCAUCUUUAUUCCUCUCAGCCAAAAGGACCUAGAGAACCUGAAGGCCGAGGUGCAGCGCCGGCAGCAGCUGCAGGACUCUGGGAAGAUUGAGGAACAACAGGAGGACGGUCAGCUCGCGCUUGACGACAAGAUACCUGUUGACGAUUAACCCCACACCCACCACCCCUGCCAGGGGAGGCCAUGAUGCAACAGCCAUCUGCUUGAACCUGUGGACCUGAGAACUAAGCUGUGUAAUUUAAAAUGAGUAUAUUUGAGCUUAAAGGGAGGGGAGGGCCAGGGACCGGGACAGGCAGGGAGGGAGAUGUACAAACGAGCAGGACAGAGCGUCACAAAGACAGCGGAACCAGCGUUUAACACGGGCGGUCUGAGGGCCAUGAGAUACCAUGGCCUACUUGAGGAGAGAACGGAGAGAAAACCAAGAUUUUACUGAGAUUUUUCUGCCUGUGUGAGUGUGGAUGUUUGUAAAGCGAGAGGUGACUGAGGAUGACCAUGACAUUGUAUACCAGAGCCUUAUUCAUUCUUCCAUCUUCCAUCCAUUCAUCCAUCUGUCUGUUCAUCUAAACAUCCAUCCAUGCAUUUAUUUGUUGGUUCAUUUGUUUGUUCAUCCAGCUAUCCUUCCAUGCAUCACCCAUCUCCCAGCCCAGCCAGCCAGCCCUCCUAUUCUCAUCUAUUCACAUCUCCUCAUCCAGGACUUCCACCAUUUUUUCCCUAAACCCAGCAUGGGUAAAACAAAAACCCACCUUUUCCCCCUAUAUCCUUCUCCCAUCUCCAAACACCACUCCCAGCACACAAACCUGUCUGAAAACUCAGGUGACUUCUACACUGCACUAAACAAGAUCGGGACAAAUUUGCCGCUAAAUUCAGAGCAGAAAGAUACCCAAGAAACCCAAUGGAGGCUUUAGAAAGUGCGCAUUACGGUCUGCAAGGCUUAAAGACCUAUUACAACCAUUGAUCCUCAUGUAUCCAAUACAGUUGACAUUUAUUUCUGUGGUUUACCCAGAGUCGUGGCUGCUGUGUCUAUACAACUCUGCAGAUAAUGUACAAAUGUGUGUUCCCAGCCCGGCUUUUUAGAUUGAGAACACUUGCUGUGUAAAGGAAACCAAGAUUAUCUUUUGAUGAUCUCUUUGUAAAAAUUGAAUGGGGAUGGGGAAUUAAGUCAUUUUAUAUUCUUCAUAUAUCUGUUUAAUUUAAGCCAUGACUGUUUUAUACAGAUAUAUAUAUGGAUAUGAUAUAACAUGGAAAGAUGGUACAUGUUCAUCCAUCUGUGGGGGAUUUUGAUGACAGAAUUGUAAUUUAACUGAUCAAGAAUUGCAGAUUCAAAUUGUUCAAAGCUUCAAAUUGAUCUAUAGACUCUCGAUGAUAAAUAGUACUAGCAGUGCAGUUUUUUUGUGUGUGUUCUUUGUUUUAUUAUAGUAGUGCAGAGAGAUAUUCUGAGAGGAUGAGCUCAUUCUUCUUCUACUACUAUACACUACUAUUACUUCAGCUGCUGUAACAAUCAUUAUUAGCAGGAAGACUAUUGUGAACUUGAAGCUUAGAGGAGCAUACAGUAGUAAUUGGUCCCUCAGCAUGGCAGAUGAUCUGCCAUUUAAUGUACUGUAGUGAGUUACGUAAUGAACCCACUCAGCAUAUCUGAUCUAUUGGACUUUCUUUGGAUGGUGGUUCAGUAUAGCUUUCUGUCCAUUUUUCUCCCCAGCAGUAGACACUGACUUUUCACAUGUUCCCUGUUAUCUCUUGCCAGUAUUUAGUGCACUUUCUUUCCGCUGCUGUUACCAUCCAGUACCACUAGAUAAAAAGGGGUGGGGUGAGAGUCGUUGCUUUUUUUUUAAUGUAAUGUACCAAAAAUGAAAAAAAGUGGACAGGGUUGUGUUUGCUUGUAUAAAUGCUGUAUGGGUGGGCUUGACCCUCCAAACCCAAGUUCAACUUGUUGCUGUGUUUGAGUAUGACUGAGUAUGUAUGAUUGAAUGUGUUUUAAAGCAAUAGAAAUGCUGGAUCUGGCCUUUUUUAUGGUUCUGCUGUGGCCUGCCUGCUGCACCUAGAUCCAAGACAGACUGGUACACACAUGUUUUUUUUUUUUUUUUUCUUUUUUUUUUAGGUUCCUGUUAAAAGUUCAAAGUUGUGGGUUGUUAAAAAUAUAUAUGGGGAAGAAGAUACUGUUCCACGCUCAUAAUCUGUUCAUAUUCCUCCUGCUCAUGCACAAAAACACAGAGCAUGUUCUAAUGUGUGCCUAUCUGUGCUUUGUAUUGAAACCAGGCUCGUAUUGUCUUUCUAUGCCUUUCUAUGUCUUUGAAAGGGAUUGAAAAAGUCCUGUGUUCCCUUCCUUUGGCCUGCCAGUGACUGUGGAGGAGAUGCACACAUAAUUUACUGGCAAGUCUCCAGUGGCAGUACACUCAGUCACCACUAAGAGGUGCUCUAGUCUAGUCAUUCAUUGGCAAAUUAUUUCAUUGUUAAAGAAAAUAAUAAAGUCGGUUUAUGAUGGAGUACAAAGCUACCAUAUCAUAUUUACUAGCUUUAAAACUGUCAGUACAGGUGAUCUCAAGCUGAUGUUCACCAGGCUUUGUGUUCUAAUAAUUAAAUGCUGAUACUAGUUCUUUCUGAAUGUUGUAAAUGGCUGGACAAUAUUGAACAAUCAUCAGAUCUCCUUUAUGUAACUGCAUAGAUAGAUAGCUCCAUGUGUAAACAUAUCUAAAUAUCUGAUUGGAUGUACUAAUCACACUUCUUUCAUGGUGUUAUCAGUUCAACAGCAAAGGAAUUCUUUCCUUUUUUUCUCUCUUUUUCAGUGGUGUGAGUUCUUGCAUGACAAACCAGUUUAUGUCAUCUAGAUAUUAAGCACCGACUGGUUCAGAUUCAGAUUUUGUAUGUAGGGAAAGAGGGUGCAAUAUAUGACAUGAAGUAAUGUAGCGUUUUUUUGGAUUACAGUUUUAAACUGGAAAUAUCUGUCUUUUGCAGAUACUGAGCUUACCCUGAGCUUUGUUGUAUAACCCUUCAGACUAACUACCGGUAGUCUCCUCCUGUGUUUUAUUCACAAAAAUGUGAAUAUCUCUCUUUUGUGAAAGUUUGACCAUAAUAUAAAAACAUUGUGUUUCUUUUUUGUUUUUGAAACUCCAAAGGAACAAAGAAGCAAAGAAAAAAAAUCAUUGCACAAAUGCAUUUGAAGAUUUUCCUUCUCCUUCAGUCUGCUUCCUCCCAAUUAACAUAACAGAACCUCUCUCCACCUUCCUUCUCUGGCACAGCUUUCGUAUGUUUGCUCACACGGCUAUGAUCUGGUGUUAGCCCAAAGCUCAGCCAUAAAGCUGUCACAACAGCAGCUGUCAUCCAAGAGUCCAGCAGUCAGUCAGUCAGCAUGAUGGUACACUGCGUCCCGGAUGGAAGGCCUGUCUGGUGUGGGACGCAGCCAGCAGCGUCUGUCUGUUCAGUCCACCUCAGCGUCACCUGCUGUCAAAUGUACACAUAACAUAACCAUACCUCUUGGUGUGUGUGGGAGCUGAGGAGAUGUUUUUUUAUUAUAAUUUUUUCUCUCUUCUUUGCAAGAUUUGUCUGGCCCUUUGUGUGUCUGCUUUUUCUUUUCUCUUGUUUUCUUUGAUGUGGUCUCUGUCUGUUGCUGCCCAUAAAUAACAAUCUAAUUAUUUUUGAUCUGAGUAUGCUUUUGUAAUAAAAAAUAAUUAAAGAAACUAGCAAAUAACAGAUG